CAAGCGCAGUUGGACGUAUUUAAACUCUUUCAAUCGGCGUUGCGGCCUACCUCGAGGAUGUCUUCUCACUCUCAGAAUCCCACUCCCAUUGUACUGUUGUCAUGACUGGGAACAACACCAUGUACGGUCGAGGGCUUGGCCUUCGGUUGGCCAUUCUGUUCACCUGCCAGGUAGCUUUCAUCUUGUUCGGUUAUAACCAAGGUGUAUUCUCUGGGAUUGUCCGGAACGAUGACUUUCUCAGCCUUCUCAACCACCCCAGUUCUGCCGUCCUCGGCAUCAUUGUGGCAAUCUACAACCUAGGAUGUCUCUUUGGCACGGUUGUUGCAUUCGUCGUGUCAGAUAAACUGGGUUUUCGGAAAACAAUGUGGUUCUCCAUGGCCUGGAUUAUAAUUGGAGCAAGCCUACAGGCCUGCUCCUAUUCCCAGGCCCAGCUGCUCGUGUCCCGCUUUAUCAGCGGCACCGGGACUGGGAUCAUGAGCGUUGCAGCCCCUGUGUACCAAGCGGAAUUGUGCGAGGCAAAGAAUCGAGGAAUGUAUGUGUGCAGUCAGCCUCUCGCCAUCGGAGUCGGCAUCGUCAUCUCCUAUUGGUUCGAUUAUGGAAUGAGCUAUGUCACAGGCUCCGUGAGCUGGAGGCUCCCUAUUGCAUUUCAAAUGAUCUUUGCAAUCGUCGUGGUCAUCAUGGUCCGUGGUCUUCCGGAAAGCCCACGAUGGCUGUACCGGUGGCAGAGACCCGACGAAGCUUUGCAGGUUCUGUGCGAUGUCUAUGACCGAGCCGCGGAUGACCCUAAAAUUGUUGAGGACUCGCGAGGAAUGUACAGGGCCGUUGAGCUCGACAAGCUCCGGGAGGAGUACAGAUGGUCUCGAAUUUUCAAAAAGGACGAGCUUCAAACGGGACGACGCGUCCUGCUGUCUUACGGUCUACAAUUCAUGAAUCAAAUGACCGGUAUCAACUUCAUCGUGACAUAUGUCACAUCGGUCCUGGAGACCAAUGUGGGCCUCGACAAGCAGCUGAGUCUGCUCCUGGGCGGCGUAAUCCAAGUUAUGUUUGUUAUUGGCUCCAUCUACCCUACAAUGUACUCGGAUCGCCUGGGCCGCCGCAGGCCAAUGAUGUGGGGAAACUUUGGGCUUUUCCUGUGCAUGAUGAUGAUCUCCAUUCUUCUCUCAUUUAAGGGAACGAGCAUCGAAAAGCCAGCGGCAACCGCCUCGAUCGUGUUCUUCUUCCUGUUCAUGCUCAUCUUCGGAGCCUCCAUCAACUGCAUCCCGUGGGUGUACAGCCCGGAGCUGCUCCCCCUACAUGUCCGCGCAAAAGGACAAGCCAUUGCGAUCUCAGCCAGCUGGCUGUGGAAUUUUUUCGUGGCCAUGAUCGCGCCGACGCUGAUCAAGGAGCUCGUCUGGAAGGGAUAUCUGAUUUUCAUGUGCAUGAAUCUGAUUUUUGUCCCGAUCGUAUACUACUUCUACCCCGAGACCGCCAACCUCACCCUCGAGGAGAUCGACUACCUCUUCAUGGACGGCAGCCAGCCCGACAGCCAGCCCGACCUCCUGUAUCCCGACGCGAAGGAGCCCGCGGUCAGGGAAGUCAAAUGCACAGCGUAGGCUCACCCGGACUUACACAUACUGAGUACGAAUUUAUCACGAGAAUCGGCAAUCAAUCCACGA